AUCUCUUUUGCCCUUAAUUAAAUAUACACAGCUAUCCAUCCAUUCCAGAAUACACACAGUCCCCAUCCGUGAUCCCGAAAUAGGAGCUAGUUGUACACUCAUUUCCUGCGUUCCUUCUUCUUCCUCCCAUUCUCCACUGGAUCGGACUUAGAUCAGCCUUCGCUCGUCUUCCUCCAUGUCUAUGAUCUGAAUCUAUCUCACCGUUAGCUCAUCACCGUCGUCGUCUACCAUAACAUCGAGAGUCAAAUCGCCAUCGUGUUCCUGUCCAGCCAUGUCUCAGCUAAGGCCAUCAUACCAUCCUCUACCCCCGAAACCGUGUAUGAAUCAAAUUCUUCUCUCACGACCAGCCUCCUAUUAGACGGACCAUCCUGAAGAUGGACGAUAUCACUAAGAUGAUGACGGAACAAACUUUAUAUGUCAUGGAUUUCCAUAAACCUUACUUAACUGCUAUGGUUGAGAAGGACUAUAAAGGCAUCGGGGGAGGCUAUAAAAAUGAGGUAUUCUAUUUCAUCCUAUUCAUCCAUAUGGAUCUUUCCUUCUGGUGUGUUCACAUUAAUGUGAAAACUGGUAGAGUUCAUGGUUUGACAGAUAUUAAUGUAACAAAGAGCUUUGUUGCUGAGAAAGAAAAGGUUAGCAGUGGUGCAAAGACCAAUGUACUGAGCGCGUCGGUCGCAGGAUGAGAUACACGCGCGCGAAGAUGGAUGGAAGAAUCAAUGAAGUUGAGAGGAAUUUAACGGAAGUAGGAAGAAAUCAACGCGAAUGCAAGCUAGUUUUGAUAACAUGGCGGCGAAUAUAGCAACAAGUAUGGCCGCUGAUAUGCGCUAAUUAGUAGUGCUUAAGUGUAUGUUUUUAUGUUGAAUUUGUUUGAUUGUUUAUCGUUUUAUUUAGUUUAUAAACAUUAGUGUGAUUUUAGUUGUAAUUGUAUUUUAAUCUUCUUUUGUAAGUUGUAAACUAGAAUUAGGAAUCAUGGUGUUGAAAAGGAGGACUUUGAAGUGAAGAAAAAGGAGGUUGGACUGUCCAGGAGCUAAAACCCGACCGGGUAUGACACUUGACCCGGUCGGGUAUGAUUUAACAGACGAAAUUGCCUGGAAAAUCACUGGACCCGGUCGGUUCUCCUACUUGACCCGGUCGGGUCAGAUGUGACCCGAGACAAAACAACGUGCUAAAGAUCACAAGAACGUGGAGGAUAUCUUAUUUUGGCCGGACCCGGUCGGGUAAGUACUAUACCCGGUCGGGUACCCGGCCAAAGGUGUUGAAAAACACCUAUAAAUAGCACACUUUUUCUACUCUAAAAAGCAUCUCUUCUUCCAUACUCUUAAGCUCAGUUUAGAAUAGCAUCUCUUUAUAUUUUUCUAGCUAUGUUUAGUCUCCAAAUGAGGAGCUAAACUUCCAAUUCUU